GCUUUGUUCAGUGCUCGACGGAUAGAGCCCGCCUUUGCCCAGCUUUAGAAUUCAGACCGCGCCCCCGGCUGCCUGCCAGAAGCAAAGAGCUACGCGCAUGAUUCGAGCACGAGCACUUGGCGGACGUUUCGCCCGAUCUGUUCCAGGGAGCUGGGAACAUCUUCUUAGAUCGCUGGAAGGGCAACCACAGCAAGCUUCUGAAGUGUUUGUGGCCAAGCUACUGAGCUCUUGCAUCUCGGCCCGGAAAUGGGCACUUGCCCUAGACCUGUGGUCCACUUUGAGGAUUCAGGCGCCCAGUGUGAAGACGCAAAACCGGCUGCUGCGCGCCUACGGGGCGGGGGCUUUAUGGCGACACGCCUGCGCCCAUCUUCAGAGGAUGCCGCCUGACGCAGCCGCGUGCAGCACCUGCAUGACCGCCUGCAUCCAGGGCGAUCAGUGGGCCAUGGCGUUGGCGCUGUUCGCCCAGAGCGAGCCGGUCAUUCGCAACAUCAUUGUGAUGAACUGCGCGAUGAACGCCUGCGUACGAGGGCGGCUGUGGGAGACGGCCUUGGGACUCUUUCGCGAUCUCCGCCGGAGUCGCAUGAGGCCAUCAGAGGGCACCUUCACCACUGCGAUCAGCGCCUGCGGCCGCGGUCACGGCUGGCAGGUGGCCGUGAGCAUCUUGGAUGAGAUGCGCAGCAUGCAGAUGUGCCCCAGCGCAACGAUUUUCAACGCCACCAUCAGUGCGUGUGAAAAGGUGGGCGAGGUUCUACCAGCAUUGCGCCUGCUUUCCCAUAUGCGGCAUCAGCAAAUCCCCAAGGAGGCCGUGACAUAUAACACCGUGAUAAGUGCCGCGGCCAAGGGUAAACACUGGGCAUUGGCUGUUGGCCUCUUGAGCGAGAUGCUGCAGUGCAACCUGGCUGACGAGAUCACCUUCACCUCUACCAUGACUGCCUGCCAGCACUCCUCCAGAUGGGAGCAUGUGCUGGACUUGUUCGCCUCCAUGCCCGCAGCCCAUUGCCUGCCGGGCCCGGCCGCGCACACCGCGCUGAUUCUUGCGUGCGUGGCUGGAGGCCAAAGGCGGCUUGCAAUGUCCUUCGCUGCCUCACCCGAUUUGACAAUUUGCCGCUCCCUCCUGCGCGGUCUCGGUGGCCCAAAAGGGGACACGCUUCAGAUCGUCCAACUCGCUGAGCAGCUCGCCUGCGAGCUGCAGCUGCGCAGCGGGCGGCGGCCCCUGAUGACUCAGGGCCGGUCCUUUCGGAGCCUGCCACCAGGAGCCGACGCCUUGGCGCCGGGCGCUGGCCUGGAGGCUGUGGCCCUUGCCUCCGAGGCCUUGGAAGGUCACGCCUCCGCCGCGAGGUUGCAGCGAGCCACAUGGCGAGUUUUGGCCGCGCCGGCUCUCCCAUGCCUCGCCGCCUUAAAGCAAGGUGGGCAAGAGGUCCGGGCAGAGCCGCUGGUGCUCCGGGGGUCGUUGGGCUUCUUCGUCACCAAGCAGCUGUUGCCGGACGCCUCGCUCGGGCCGCUCCCCUUGACCGACCACUUGGACUUAGAGGGCGACGGCUUGGGGCACCUCUUGGAGGCACCGGCCGCCACGCGGCUGCGCGCCCGGGUGACUUUUCGGCUGAGCUUCGUUUCCGGCGCCCAGCUGGCGGGCGCCUUCGUGGGCCACGGGGCCUCCAAACAACUGCGGGUGGAGGGCACCGACGCGCCCUUCGCGUCCCGCGCCGCGCGGGGCGUUGGGCGCACGCCAAAGCGGGCGGCCAAGGCGGGUGCGGAUGGGGGGCAGCGCCCCGACGCCCGGCAUCCGCCGCGGGAGGGCAGCCACGUCAGGUCGGAGGCCGGCAGGGACCAAAGGGGCCGCAGCCCGGGCCGGCCGGCUGCGCCCAAAGCGCCGCAAGCAGCGCUGCACGGGCAGAGCGGGUACCUGCCAGAUGUCCUGCAGGAGAUUAUGACAGACUUCGGUCAGCAGGUCUUGGCGCGGCUCCGGCGCCUGCGGCUGCAGCGGGGCCUGCGGAUCGCGGACGUGCAGGCGCUGGGGGACCUGAACCGUGACAACAAGCUGACGGUGGCAGAGCUCCGGCACUUGCUGGCGGAGGUUGGCCUCACUGUGGAUGACGAGCUUCUUGUUCAGGUCUUCAACCUCAUGGACCACAACGGCAACGGGAAGAUCUCUUGGUCGGAGCUGUGGAACGCCAUGACGCCCUCCGCCUCGGAAGUUCUUGCAGAGCUGCGGGUCGCCAUCGUCAGGAGGCACAUCUCAGUGCCGGAGCUGAUCCGGAAGCACGACGCCAAUGCGGAUGAUGUGCUUACGCCCGGGGAGUUUCACAGGUUGCUGGAUGGCCUGGGCUUCGAUCUGGACGACGCCACGGUCCGGGAUGUGGUGCGGCAGAUCGACCUGGACGGCUCUAAGCAGGUCACGCGCAGAAGCUUGGAACAAGCGCUGGCCGAGCUUUCAGGUACAGGACCGGUGGCUCAGAAGCUGCCGCCGCAGGCGGGGUGGCGCAAGGCAACGUUUCCGCGGGAUGAUCCCUGGCGAGACCUGGCGGCGCCCCCGCCAGGAGGACCAAAAGAGAGCACCCCUGACUUGCCCUCGGGUGGGUUGCCACAGGGGGACGGCCAGGGUCUGCGAGCUGGCGAGCUUCAGAGUUCGCCGUCCGGGCGGGUGGCGCCGUUGGACUUGAGCCAGUCAGCGACGUUGCCACGGAGGCCUGAGGCAGUGCAACUUCCCACCAGCUCCCUGCAGGAAAUGGCACAUGGCCAACCAGCUCUGGAUGAAAUCCUCCAUGACUUCGAGCUCUCUCGCAGCUUCUCUCCGACGCACUGGUCCGCCCGAGAUUCCUCAGACCCGGCAGCGGUGCUGAGUCGGCUGCGGACGUUGCGCCUGCGCAGGGGCUUGUCGAUCAACGACCUCCGCGCCUAUGGAGACCUCAAUCAAGAUGGGAGGCUCUCCCCCAGCGAGAUGUACAAGCUGCUGGUGGCGGCUGGGAUCAAGGCGGAUGAGGGCCUGGUGCACGAGCUCUUUCGGCUCAUGGACAAGGACGGCAAUGGGCGCAUCACCUGGACGGAGCUGUGGCAUGUGCUGGAGCCAACGCCCGUCGAGGUGCUCCGCGCUCUGCGCGCGGUGAAGCAGCGGAAGCACCUCUCGGCCUCGACGCUGGUGCGGAGCUACGACUCCAACGGGGAUGACAUGGUCACGGCCAAAGAGCUCCAUUCCAUGCUGAACGACUUGGGCUUCGAGUUGGACGAUGCCACUGUUCGGGAGGUGGUGAGGCUUUUGGAUCAAGAUGGGAAGAGGCUGGUCUCCUUGCAGGAACUGGCGGCUGCCCUGGGAGACAGAGGUUCCUCCCGUUCUCCGUCACCCAGCCGCCGAUCUCCAUCGCCCAGCCGUCGGAGGGCCGAUCCAGAGGCAACUGCCGCGCCACGACCAACGCCGUCAGCUCCCCUGCCUGAGUUUCUGACACGCGAGCAACUUCGGUCAAUGCUCAUGGCGGCCGGGAUUUCGGGUGAGGAUUCACUGGUAGAGCAGAUCUUCAGGGACAUGGAGCUGAACGGCUCUGGCUUCGUGGCACGCCAGGAUUUGCUGGAAAACCUGGACCGCCUCUUCCCCAGCGAGGAGGAGGAACGCGCCGCGCCAACCCACAGGCCGAGCCCCCGAGCUCCCAGCCGGAGCCCCAGCCCGGGCCCGGGCCCGCGGCCACCGAGCCCGAGCCACCGGCCGAGCCCGAGCCACGACGUUCGGCCACCCAGCCCCAGGAUGGGCGGCUUGGCGAGAAGUGGCAGCGGCAGAUUGCCCCUGGGCUCUCAGGCCUGGGAACUGCUGCACCGAAUCUACCAACGAAUGGCGCGGCAGGGCAAUGUCUCCACCGCAUCACUCAUCGAAGAGAUCCGCCGGGAUGUGCACGUCAGGGGUGAGAGGCUUUUGGAGCGACCAGUGGUGGCUGACGGCUCCAUCCAGCUGUCGUUGGAUUCGGCGUUGCAACAGCUGCUCCAGCAGGUGGCACAGGGUCAGAAUUUGGAGACUACAUGGGACCGAUUCUACUGGCUGCUCAUCGAGGCAAACCGAAUCAGCCCAGAGCUGAACCGACCGAACUCCAACCCGGCGAUGCCGACCUCAGGGCCUUCGGUCCCUUCAGGGCCUUCGGGGCCUUUGGGGCCUGUGGUGGCGGGGGCAGGGCCCAGCGGCUCUGAGUGGUUUUGGUCUGCGGGGAUGGCGGCUUUGUCCCACUGCCCGGUGAGCCCGGAGGAUGCCCCAGGGGCGGCCAUCGAGUGGAUGGCCAAUGAGCUGGAGUUUGAUCGCGACCUGCUGUGCCGACUUUUUCAGAUGUUUACCUACUGCGCUGCAGGUGGCAGCAAAACACCCACGCGAGUUGACAAGGACCGCUUUCUGCACACAGUACAUGCCAGUCCGAGGCUGCACACGGCCCUCAUGAGGUCCCCAUUGACGGAGAGCACCGCCAAAGUGGUCCGGCCAAUGAAUUGGGGUGACUUUCUUUGGCACUUGUCACUCUUGGACGCUUCAAGCUUGGCAUGGUCAGACAUCCUGGCCAUCGCAUGCUGGUGCCGUCUGCUGAGCUUGGGCUUGGUAGCAGACACCCAUGGCACCAAAGUCACCCCAGAGUUCUCUGCUUCCGCGGCACGUGCGCGCUUGGACAGCAUUGUGCACAGGAAUGACCGAGGCUCCCAUUCCCCUCCGCGUCCCAGCAGCCCAUCCCGCCGUGUGCCGUCAACUGAAGUGCCCUUGGGCGCAAAUCUGCGUGAAAGCUCUCCCUUGGCGGCAGUGGACCGCGGCCUCCAGCGGGCCGCAAUGCCGCAGCAGCGUGCCAGGCACCCCUGGCUGGAGGAUUCCGAUGAGGAGCGUCCCAUGUCGCCUGGGCCUUUCGCGGCGCGCCCGGGUCCCCAACCUGCACGACCUCCUCCGCCAGUGCCGCGCCUUGGGAGCCCCAGCCCAGGCCCACCUCCGGGGCCACCUCCGGGGCCCCCGGGCCCCCCACCGGCCGCGUCCGAGCGCGUGGGGUUCCGCGUGCAGGUGCCCUCGGCAGCCGCUUUGGAGCGGGAGAGGCUGGAGGCGGAGCUGGCGAAGAUCUUGGACUUGCCGGUGCAGUCCGUGCGACUGCAGCAGGUGAGGCCUGUAACAUAG